AGAGGUGAUAAAUAAAAGAUGUGGAGGCAGACGGAGCUCAGACUCAGACUCAGACUCAGGACGGACACCGAAGCAGCUCUGACUCUUCUCUGCUUCUCCUCAGCUGCUCGUCGGCACCUCACACCUCUGAUGGCUUCGGUCUGACACUGACACACAUCCAACCGAGACGAUCCGAACCGGAAGGGCCCGACAUGGACUGACACCUUUUUCCCUCCAAACGCACGAGCGGACUCUAACCAUGUUGUGAUCGUUCACCUGUCGCAUCAUCACCAUCACCUGAAUGAUCUCAUGUUCGGCCGGAACCAUCGGAAUCGGACCCGCAGCCACGGAGCGUCACACUCAGCCAGCAAACAGUGAAAUGGCCCGAGCAGAGACCAUUGAGAGCGUGGGGGAAACCGGAGGAGGAGGAAACAGCCCUCUUCCACAUCACAACAUCUGCCGCAUGGAGGUGCCUCGCCCCCUCCACACCUGGCCCGGCCUGCUCACCGCCAACACCAUCACCACUGGUUCUGGCACUGGCCCUGGUGCCAUACACCUCCACCACCACCAUCUGCAUCCUUUGCACCCUCUCCAUCUGCCGUACCCGCUUCCUGAUCAGACGCACCAGCAACUUCCUGCGUUGUCGCCAUCAUCAGCACCUCCUCCUUUGCAGCUCUGCAACCGGAGGGAGGAGAGGGAUGGAGGAGCUGUAAAGCCCAGUGCCUUGUCAGGAGAGGAGUCAGACGCUGACAUAGAGGAACACCAGAGGGCUUCCAGCCAGCAGGGGCCUCUGCCUGACCUGCUGCCCAGGAACGAGCCCCCAUCCUGGUCUGCACCGUACCACAGGGAUCCCAGGAGAGAGGCGGAGCAGGAGCUGGAGGUCAGGAGAGUGGCCAGUCAGCUGAGAGCCAUCGGAGAUCAAUACAACGCCACAGUCCUCCGCAGAGCGCACGCUGCCCCCCACUGGCAGGACUGGAGAGACGCGUGCCGAGGACUCUUCAACUUCAUCACCCAGACGCUGAGCACCCUCUACAGGCUCACGUAGGUAACCGUGUCCCCUGCAACCACCGGUUCUCAUGGUGACUUUUUUACAUUCAGGACUCGAACACUGGCCCGUCGCUCGUGAGGAGAAAUAUCUGUUUGCCGCACCGUUGUUCAUUUGAACCUCGAGGACAAAACGCAAACUGAAAUCAAACAUGUUCUUGAACAAAGACUUUGUGAGAAUGGGCUGGAGGUGUUUUCUCAGCCUGUGGAAACUGGACCCUGCCUGUCUGUCUGAACGAUGGUCCGUCCGUCAGUCAGUCUGCUGGUUCGGACUGCAGCUGAUGGACUGACGCUCACUUUUCUACGUGUAUAUUUUGUAAAAUCAAUUUGUUUUCACUGUGUUUGUCCACAUCUGGGGGUCCGAUGUUUAUGUAGCAGGCGAGACUCCAGUAUGUGUGUGAGUCAGUGUGUGUUUGUGUGUGCGCACAUGACAGACCUGGGUCGAACACAUGGAAAGAGUCUGAUGAGGUAAAUUAGAAAGUGGGAUAUUAAAGGAGACAUAUGAUGAUUUUUCAGGGUUUCUUUCCCCUUGUGUGUUAUACAGGUUUUUUUUUAAGUUCUGCAAAGAUAAAAAAAACUCAAAGCUUCUCUCCCCCAAAGGAAAAACCUGAAACACAUCGUCACUGGUCCAGAACAUACUUUGCAUCAUCGUGAUGUCAUAUGACAUUUACAUAAUGCACGCCUGGUGGCUAAUCUGUCACGCCCCCUAAAAACGAGCGCUGAGGACGACAUUUCCUUCACACGCUUGAAGAAGAUGGCCAAUCACAAAAACUAAACUAAAACCAGUUGUUUCGGACAGAGGCUGAUUAGAGCAGCUGUAGCUUUUCAAGUAAAAGCCCAAAUUAACAUUAUGAAUCUGAGUAUGAUCAUAAUAUGUCUCCUUUAAUAAAUGACCUGGUUCUGAAGUGAAGGUCUUCAUCUUCUUCAGAAGCUUUUUUUCAUUUAAAGUUUAAAACCCCCCCCAUUUUGCUGGAGGAUGUUUCACGUUUGUCCGAACAGACGAUUUCUCUUCUUUCCAGUGAUUCUGUUAAAUUUUCUGUUCAUCAUCAUAAGCUCUUGUUUGAGUUGGUUAAAACUAAUUCAGAGAAUCAUCACAGACAUGAUUCGACCCUCACCUCGUGUGUGCAUGUUACUGUUGUGUCUUUAUUCUGCCCCCAUUCUUACAAACUGUGAAACUGGAAGCUGUAGUUUCAUCGCAGGGAAACGUCGGGUGUUAUUUGACUGUGGAUCCAAGCACAGAGUGAAUCUCUCUCCCAAUCUGAAACUGCUUCAUACGAAGUGCCUUCAUGCUCAGAGCUCGACUGAGGCCUCGUGUCCAACACCAGGACAAUCAGCUACACACACACACACACACACACACACACACAUAACAUCUACACACACACACACACACACAUAUACAAUCUUGAAGUGCUUUGUUUUCAGUCACUUAACUCAAGUGUCAUUUGCAUUACAUUCAAAUGUUCCAGCCUCUGCAUGGUUUAAGGUCAUUUCAGGACAGAAAGGCUUAAUCCCUAUGCACACACACACACACACACACACACAGACACACACACAGACACACACACACACGCACACACACACACACACACACACUGGGAACUGCCACUGUACAUUUCUCCACACCAAUCAUUCUGCCAGUGUUGGGAGCUGGCAGGGUUUCACUCGCCUGUGUCGACAGUGUUUAUAGUUACUUGAUCGUAUGUAAAUAUUUUUUUUUUGGACGAUGAAUCUGAGUAAUCUGAACAUUUUUGGCGGACUUUAAAAAAAAAGUACUUAUCUAAGCGAGAGUUCACUGUGUUUGUUGGACAUCUUUUAGUUUUUCUGAGCGGCCGUUGGCAACAGCAGAGCGAGUCUGAAUUUAAAUCCAGUGGAUUUGAGAUGGUUUUCCAAGAGUUAAAGCAAAUUAUAUGAUUUGGAUCUUUUGAUUGUUGAAAAGUAUUUGAUGAUGUUUAUAAAAAUGACCCCUUUCAGUUAUGUGAUUAUUUUCUUUGUAGUUGGGAGGAAAUGUAAAUUGCUCGUAUUAAGAGCGUAAUUUAUUUUGAAAAGUAGCCUUUCUGUAGCUUGUUUUUUGUUUUGGUUCCUUGGUUUUUCAUUUUUUUUAUGUAUUACAUUAUUUAUUUUUUCUUACAUUCCUGAUCAAAACUAUGAAUUAAGCUGUACUUGCGUUGUAACUGUUAAGACAGAGCCGGGAGUUAAAGGUGUCAAUGUCUUCAGCGAAAGACAAUAUAUCAUUUUCAUUUCAAAUGUUAUCAGCUUAAGGAAUUGUGAUUUCAAACGGUACUAUCAGCAUAACAGAAGGACGCAGAACUGCAAGUGAGGUGUUGUCCUUCAAUGUGUUGAGAUCAGAUGGAAAAUACUAAAACUCCCUUUAAAGCACAAAGAAGAGAUUCGGCCUCACAGACCGUUAAACAGCUUCACCUGCCUGAAACUUCAACCAGGUGUUUCUAAUGUGAAUUUAAUUCUGAACCUGUGAAGGCCUGUGUGAUUUCGGACAGCGGCAGUAUGACUGGUGCCGCACAUGCUAAAAAUACUACUACUACUAAUAAUGCACUGUAACAUAGCUUAAUCUAAAAAGAGCCCACUUAACGGAGUAUUUGACCUGCUAAACUUAAAAUGCCUCAAAAACUCAACAGGGAGUCGAUUGGAGGUUUUGGCGAAAGGAGUUUCGUCAGGUUUUAUUUUGCCAUAUUCGAUAUGUUUGAUAGAAUAACUCAUUAGAUUCUCCAUAAGUCCACCUGUAAGUAAAGGAAGGACUUCAACCUGCAGCACUUUGCAGUUGCUCUUCCUCCUGGUUGUUUUUCUCGUGAGAGUGCACUUCCUGGUUCAUCGUGCCCCGCCCCCUACCAACGGCGCUCAG